GUCUUCUCUAUUCGCGUCUCGCAUUCUCCAGCAGAAACGUCAGAACGUGAUACACAUGGCGGCCGCAGUGAGAACAGCGGUAUUAGCAGCAUCAAAGGGAAUCUAUGCUCAAUGGGCUCCAGUUCUCCGGAGGCCAUUCUGUGUAUCUGCCAGUCUUCAACACCAGAUUACAAGCAACCAGGGUGAUGCUGCUCGAGCUGAUGGGGUUUUUAAGGUGACAAUGAUCCCUGGUGAUGGUGUGGGUCCAGAACUUAUGACUUCAGUGAAAGAAGUGUUUAAGGCAGGAGAUGUACCAGUGGAGUUUGAAGAGUUUCACCUUAGUGAAGUUCAGAACAUGGCAUCAGAGGAAAAGCUUGAAGAGGUUCUGGGCUCCAUGAAGAAAAACCGUGUUGCUCUCAAAGGCAAGAUCUAUACACCAAUGGAGUAUAAAGGAGAGUUGGCUUCUUUUGAAAUGAGACUCAGGCGAAAACUGGACCUGUUUGCAAAUGUGGUACAUGUCAACAGCCUACCUGGCUAUAAGACCCGCCAUAACAACUUGGACCUGGUGAUCAUUCGAGAACAAACAGAGGGGGAGUAUAGCUCAUUGGAACAUGAGAGUGUCACAGGAGUGAUUGAGUGUCUAAAGAUCAUCACCCGUGAAAAGUCCAGACGCAUUGCAAAGUUUGCCUUUGAUUAUGCUACCAAGAAAAGCCGCUCCAAGGUCACUGCUGUCCACAAAGCUAACAUUAUGAAGCUGGGUGAUGGCUUGUUCCUUCAGAGCUGUCAGGAAGUAGCCCAACUGUAUCCAAAAAUAAAGUAUGAGACAAUGAUAAUUGACAACUGCUGCAUGCAGCUGGUCCAAAACCCAUAUCAGUUUGAUGUGCUGGUGAUGCCAAAUUUGUAUGGAAAUAUCAUAGAUAAUCUAGCUGCUGGUUUGGUGGGAGGUGCUGGUGUUGUCCCAGGAGAAAGCUACAGUGCAGAAUAUGCUGUUUUUGAAACGGGUGCUCGACAUCCCUUUGCUCAAGCUGUUGGGCGGAAUAUUGCCAAUCCUACAGCUAUGCUUUUGAGCUCUGCUAACAUGCUGCGGCAUCUCAACUUGGAGUAUCAUUCCAGUCUGAUCUCAGAGGCAGUAAAGAGGGUCAUUAAGACUGGCAAGGUACGAACUGCAGAUUUAGGUGGUUAUGCUUCUUGUGAUGAAUUCACACGAGCAGUUAUUGCUAACCUGGGCCUCUGAACUUCAUAUUCUUUGCAGACAUAUUGCUCUUGUGCUACUCUGUGCUUUGCCAUUAAAUCUGUCACAAUGUGUGGACAUAUCAAGAAAGCAGCUCUAAGUUCAUCUCCUUAAUAACUUACCACCAACAACUUAACUGCCUCUUCAGUUACAGCUUUUUGUCAUCAUUUUUGUAAGUUCAGUUUACAUUACUUUCCAGAUUUUUAUUUAAACUAGAUCCUCAGUCUUUACUGUAUCUUACGCUAAUUACUACUGCUGAGAAUUCAACACUCCGGUUUGGCCUGUCAUCACCUUAUUCUCACCUUAUGUUAUAAUGACUAUAAUCCAAAAAAUAUUAUAUAAUGUCAUUUUUUUUUUAAAUUCUCUCUUCUGAAAAAAAAUGUAGAGUAAAAGACGACAAACAAUAGUUGUUUUCAUAUCAUAUUUACUGUAUAUGGUUAUCUUGGCAUUUAUAUUUAUGUACUUCUUAUUUGUAAGUCAGUUUGAAUAAAAGUAUCAGUUAAAUAAGUGAAUGUCAAUAUUGAAUGUAGACAAUGAAUGCAUCUGGAAAUCAGUGACAUCUACAUGUCAAAAUCAUUUCUUGCUUAUGCAUUGUAACAGUGGUUCAUUGUGUUAGAGCAAAAACAUGUGUAACAACCCAGGGACUUGGAGGCGAUCUCUACAAUAUCUUGGAAUAGAAGCUGACGUAUAGGAGUAUGUCUUUUGAUGGUGUGGUUACUGGAAAGGAGUUGCCUGGGAAAAGGACAGUACCAAAGUGACACAAGUCAUGGAUGAUCCUACAGGAAAACCUCUACAGGGGAGAGAGAUGGAAUACUUCCAGUGUGGGAACAGAUGGAAAUUAUGGGACUAUAAACCCUGCCUUUUAGAAUGAUGACAUUCCAAUUAGAGUUGCAAGUUCACCAAAGUAAGAAAAACAAAUUGUAGAACCGAAGCAGGAUGAUUGCACAAUUGCCUCUGGACACUUAACAACAGGCAACCUUGACUAUACUACGAAUGAGUUACUCUUUUUCCUAAACAAUAAGGCUGAGGAGGACUAAAAAGAGUGUGAUUCCUUAAAGCCAGCAGGCAGUAGCACACAACUGGAAAACUAAGACUGUCAUACCCACUAGAAAGAGAAGUCAUCUUUGAGAUGUGUUUAUGUAACUGGGGACAGCUGGAGGUGACUCUAGUCUUCGUUUCCUGUACCCAAAGAGGGAUAUUCUUGACUGGGGAAGUGACUCUUCCCAAGGCCUGUAAGUGAAUUUUGAGGUGGGGUUUAAAAGCAUCUCUUUGUAAAAUUACAGUGCCUGGAGUUGUGACGAGGCCAGGAUCAAAAAUGAGAGAUUGGAUGAGAGAGAGAGAUGGCAUGUGAGAAGGGUAAGUGCUUUAGUUAGUUAUGACCGAUUCAGUCAUUCCAAUUAAAAAGGCCCAAAAGGUCACUAUUACUACUAAAGUGAGGUAGAGAGGACUUUUAUGUGUAACAUAAAAAGAGCAGUCAGAAGAGGCAAAAAUGGAUUCAAAAAGGUCUAGAAAUCAACAGACAAAAUGGGAAGACUUAACAAGCUGAGUUGUAAACCAAACAUUGGCUAUGUCCACACUACAGGGUUUACAUUUAAAAAUGUAAUUUUUAAAUGAAGGCAAUCUCUUCUCACGUAGAAGUAAAUGGCUCUGGAGAACAUUUUCAAAAGUCUCCAUUUUCAGGAGUUAAAAACACCAGGGUAGGGUGGAUGAAAGUUGAUAAAUGUCUGCAUUUUUAAAUAAAAACAUAGCAGUGUGAACAUAGCCGUAGUCAAAACCAAAUACAGUAAUCAAAAACAGCUUCAAAAAACAAUGUUUUAAGGCUAAACUAAAAGUAGUAUUUGCCCAUUUAGUCAUCUACAUAGUGUAGAAUUUUUGUUUGUAUUAAAAGAGGAUAGUUCUUUAAGACUACUCUUUCUAGAUAAUUUAAUGAAAUGACUGUUAAAAGUCCAUUCCACUCGAUCACAGCAUUAACAAUCCAAGUUUCCAUCUUUAGUGUUACUUAUGAAUUUGGAUCUGAAAGCACUUAUAAUUUCAUAUAAAUUAAAGAUGGAGGGAAGGAUCUUCUUUCUCUUUUAGUGUGGAAAAAGCUAUGAAAACAAUUGCCAAAUAUCAGUGUAAAGUUUUGACAUUGAAAUUACCUUCAAGCAACUGGGUAUGGCUGGGAGCAUGGAACUUUUAAAAACUGCAUGAGACAUGACUAUAAUUUAAAAGUUAAGUUGUCAAACAAGCUUGAAAGUUUUUUAAGUGUAUACCUAACAUGAGCUCUACAUAUUUUUUUUUUACAUGUAUGUAUGGGAAAGGUAAUACAGUAUUAUGAUCCAAAUCACUUUGGAAAACUUUAAUAUUUUAGAUGGAUGUUCUCGUUUAUUGUUUGAGCUCAUAAAUGCUAGUCAUACGGGAAAACCAAUUAUACAAUCAUGUUGGAUAUUUUUUUAAUUCUAGGUCUCUUUUUGGCAAAUUCCUUGUGCUUAUUUUUGGCUUUCUUUUUCAAUAGCGGGACCUGCCAAACAUGACAGUUUCAUUUGUGACAUAACUGAUUUAAAGUAGUUUUAUUUUAUCAGUAUCAGCUUGCUGACCUCUUUCAGGUAUUGCUCCAUAACAUGGUUUGUCAAAAACAAAGUACAUGCAGUACACAUAUCAGGCAAACUUGGAGCUGGCAUAAAUACACAAACAAGAUUUGUCCCACCUGGUGUGUACAAAUUCAAUUAAUAGAAGCAUUACAUUCACAUGACCUUACCCAUAGAUCCACCUUGUUCUGAACUUUAAUUCCUGCCUUCCAACACUACAACAACAAUGUAUUUCUUGUGUAGCCCAAAAUCACAUAAGGAAUGCCUCAACGGGCUUUUCCAGAUUCUCUUCAUUAACAGUCUCCCAUCCUUGACAAAAAACAUUGUAGAGAAAUCUUGGGAAAUGCAAUUCAGAGAGAGAAUCCCUUCCAGGUAGGGUGGGCAUGCAAUGGAUGUCAAAAAAUGGAGCAAGUACAAUACACAAAACAGAACACAAGUAAUCCUCUCCAAAGCACUAGGUGGCCAAUCUAUUAUUGCCUGUCAGAAAUACAGUAUAACUGUACAAAUAGCAGUAAAAGUGUGUUUGGUUUUUUCCUAUGUCGUUACACAAUUACUGAACAAAGACCUAAUCAUCAUCUACCAAGGCUAUUAUUGUGUCCUUUCUUCUAUCACUAAUCCUCAUUAACCAAUUCUCAUUACUGAUGCAGACAGAAAAAGUGAAUAUCUACUCUUAUUGUCUCCCUCUCUUAGCCCACCUUCUCAACUUUGACAGGUGAAAAUCAGUUUUUAUUUAAUUGCAUAUUGCACGUUGAGUGUGGUGUCACUGAAGUAAAUAAAUAAAUAAACAAGCAGCAAAACAUUUA